UUGUUGUGGGUCCCAUUCUCGAAAUUGAAGGCAAUAACUCCGCUCUCAGCUCUCAACAACACAGACACUCACACUCUCUCUUCACUCUUCACUCUUCACUCUUCAUUCUCUCUCUCUCUCUUUAGCUCAACGUUCUUCAUUUUUUCAUUCCAUGGAGCUUGACGGUGGUGGAAGAGCUGAGAUUGAUACAUCGGCGCCUUUUGAAUCCGUCAAGGAAGCUGUUUCUCGAUUUGGUGGCCUUGGUUACUGGAAACCUAUUCCCAAUAAUUCCCACAUUCUACUUCAGCGCCAAAAUGAAGAGCUUGACCCUGGAAAACUGGAAGAGCAAGCAGCAGUUAUGGAGAAAGAACUAAUAGUAAAAGAAAGGGAAACACUUGAAGUCUUGAAAGAACUCGAAAGUACCAAAAAGCUUGUAGAAAACUUGAAAUCAAAGCUUCAGAAUGAAGAAUCCGAAGCGAAUUUGAGGCUUCAGAUGAGUGUCUGCGAUAACGUAUCUUCUGUCAAGGACAUAGAAGAGGAUAAGGAAAACCGAGCCAAUCUUGUUCUUCAGCUUUCAAAUGAAGGUUGUAUUUCAUCGUCUCCGGGUUCAAUAUUAAUGGAACUGAAACAGGCGAAACUGAACCUGAACAGGACUACAAAUGAUAUCGCCGAUGUGCGAGUUGCUGUGGAAUUGCUUAACAAGAAAUUAGAGAAGGAAAGGAUCUCCCUAGAGAAAACCCGUGAGAGGCUAACUCAGAAUUCUUCAAAAAUAUCUUCACUUGAGGAAGAGCUGAACCAAACUAGAAUUAAACUACAAGUUGCGAAAGAUGCUGAAAUUAAGGGCAGUUUAGAUGAUCCUUCCGAUAUCACAAAAGAGCUACAGAGAUUGAGUUCUGAGGCUGAUCAUUUCAAGAAAAUGGGAGAAGCAGCGAGAUCAGAAGUCAUGAGAGCAAUGUCUGAGAUUGAGCAGACCAAGGCUAUGAUAAGAACUGCCGAGAUCAGGUUGGUUGCUGCCAGGAAAAUGAAGGAAGCAGCUAUAGCAGCCGAAGAUGCCGCACUCGCAGAAAUCAAAGCCUUAUCACAUGGUAGUUCACCCGGAGAUUGUGAGCAAAAGCAUGAUGGGAUUACUCUUUCCUUUGAGGAGUACACUGCCCUUACAGCCAAAGCUCGAGAUGCCGAGGAGCAUUCCAAGAAGAGAAUCGUUGAUGCUAUGCUUCUAGUUGACGAAGCAAACUUAUCGAAAAUGGACAUCUUGAAAAGGGUAGAGGAGGCAACAGAAGAAGUUAAAACCAGCAAGAAGGCCUUAGAAGAAGCUUUGGAGAGGGUAGAAGCUGCAAAUAGAGGAAAGCUAGAAGUUGAAGAGGCUCUAAGGAAGUGGCGGUCUGACGGUCACAAAAGGCGUUCUUCUAUACACAACUCUGCCAAAUUCAAGAAUUCAUACCCAUCUCACCUCCGUCGAGAUUCGCGAUUGCUCGAUGUGAAUGGGCUAGAUCUGGAAAACAAUGAAGUGAAUCCUGUUCUAAACCCAACCCUAUCCAUAGGACAGAUAUUGAGCCGGAAGUUAAUGGUGCCAGAUGAUUUUGAGGCCAGGAGAAGCUCAGCCGAAGCAAGGAGAAGCUCGGCAAAACGGAAGGUGUCGCUUGGUCAGAUGCUCGGCAAACAUAGUUAUUAUGACCCAGAUCAACCUUUUGACAGGCAAGUUGAGAAAGAGAAUGGUCAUCAUCCACAGUUCUCUUCUGCAAAGAGAAAGAAAUUUGGGUUUGCUAGAUUCUCUCUUCUUUUGACAAAGCAACAAAAAAAAAAGAAGCCAAUGCUGAACUUGAGGUGAAUCAAUAUCAUUUGGUGGCAGUCUCUUCGUUUCCAAGACAAAGAAAAAUAUGAGAAAUGUACUUGGUCUUUCAAUUACUGUUUGUUGUUUUUUUAAUCCUUGAUUGGUUUGAAAUCCUUGCUAUGUAUACUACUAACUAGUGUUUUCUUUCUUACCCUUGGCUUGCUAUGUAUGCUACUUGUAGAGAUUAUUUGUAUGAAUUCUUUAACUGUUGUAAGCUGGUGUUAUAUAGUUUCCAUGUUCCUAAAGAACAGUCUUUUCUU